AGUGUAUCAGCAACGCGGGAAGCUGUACUCGCGCGCACGAGGAUCUCACUGACAUCCUUCCAUCUCUGACUGAAAAUACCAAAGGACCCCUGCCCUCGAAAUCUCGUUUUCAAGACUUGCAUGUUAUAUUUAGUAAAGUUUAAGUGCGUCAUUCGCCUCUGAACAAAUGUUUAUAUUGAUUUUCUAUAGAAAUAACAAUCGUUUAUUAUCUGAGGAGAACUGCCGGUGUCCUGACGCACGAACGGACGCGCGCGAGCUUAUCAGGAGGCGUCAAGCGCGAGCGCCGUUAUUCUUAGUUGGAUAUCGCACUUGAACGCACACUUUUUCGGUAAUAUUACGGUGAUCCGUGUGAACAUAUGAAGCUGACAUAUUCCAGGAAUGGCUCUCCAAAAGGUGCCCAACAACUACAGAUUUCGCAUUAAACUGCAGACUCUAUCUUCAUAAGCCUACAAUAAAUACUACAGAACACCAAAAUGGGCACAGAAUGGACAUUUAUGUCCAAUCCCAACAUGUCCCUUCCUGAUCGCCUGUUCAAUAACAGUUUCUUCCCCGGGAACGAGUCUGAUUUUGGUCUGGAGAUUUCCAAUAGCACCGACCCUGGCUUCAACCCAACCAGCUCAGCAGUCAUCACAUUCGUGUACUUCGUGGUCUGCGCGGUGGGGCUCUGUGGGAACGCCCUGGUCAUUUACGUCAUCCUGCGCUACGCCAAGAUGAAGACCGUCACGAACAUCUACAUCCUGAACCUGGCCGUGGCAGAUGUCCUGUGCAUGCUGAGCUUGCCUUUCAUCGCCAUUCAGCUCUUGCUGCUCCACUGGCCCUUCGGAUCGGCGAUAUGCCGCAUCGUCCUAACCUUGGACUCCAUGAACCAGUUCACCAGCAUCUUCUUCCUGACGGUCAUGAGCUUCGAUCGAUACCUGGCCGUGGUGCAUCCCAUCAAAUCCACCAAGUGGCGAAAGCCGCGCAUGGCCAAAACCAUCAGCCUGGCCAUGUGGGUCAUCUCUCUGCUGGUCAACCUGCCCAUUAUGAUCUACAGCGGAGUGAACGUUAAAAAGAACGAAGCGAGGACGUGUACCAUGUUGUGGCCAGAGCCACAGAACAUCUUCUACACCGUUUUCAUCUUCUACACCUUCUUCUUGGGGUUUUUCUUACCGCUGAUCGUCAUCUCCAUGUGCUACCUGCUCAUCGUCAUAAAGGUGAAAUCCUCCGGCAUGCGAGUCUGCUCCAGCAAACGAAAGCGCUCGGAGCGGAAAGUCACCCGUAUGGUGUCUAUCGUAGUAGUGGUGUUCGUCUUAUGCUGGCUACCUUUCUACGUGUUCAACGUGACGUCUGUGACCGGAACGGUUCCCACCACACCUGUGCUGAAGAGCACCUUUGACUUCGUGGUGGUGCUGGGAUACGCCAACAGCUGCGCCAACCCCAUCCUCUACGCCUUCUUGUCGGACAACUUCAAGAAGAGCUUCCAAAACGUCCUGUGUCUUAAGAGAGUCGGCGGCUUGGACGAGAUCGAGCGCAGCGACAGUCGACAGGACAGGACUCGGAUGGUCAACGACGUCAUGUCUGAGACGCACAACGCCGCGCUGCUCAACGGAGACCUUCAGACCAGCAUCUGAAGAGGAGAUAAACGUCUACCGAGAUUAGAUGUUACAUGAAAGAGGUCCACUGAAAGUCUCCGAUCACAUGCGGUGGGAGAGAUUUAGUAUUUAAGAACAACAAUAAAUACCUAAACCACAUUUGGGUGAGCUCGAUCUGAUGUGACUCCACUGAUGUAUUUAAGUGAUGAGCAAAUGAAUGUCAUUUACUGUAAAUAACUCUAGUUGCUUUGUUUGGUGUUACUGUCUGAAGAAACUCUAACGUUGUUGUGUUUAUUAUGAGUGUUUGUUAUCAGUGUCUUUAACUUUCAAAGAUAAGCCCUCAUUGGAUAAACAUGAUUUCAAUCUGUUCGUGCAAACACAAGGCCAAGCUUGUUCAUUGCUUCUUAUUAUUCAAGGCUUUUUGUGACGGCGAAUACAAGACGAGUGAGCGAUGCUCGACAAGGCUGCAUAGAAAAGGUCUCCGAAAUCUAAACAAAGAUGUACAUUUCUUUGGCAUAUUUAUUAGUUGUGAUGCUUAGAAUAUCUUGUUUACAUUUAAAAAUGUUCCCUUGUAAAAUUCUGCCUCUGGUUCUCAUAGAGUUUUAUUUUGGUAGAGGAAAUGUACUUAACGUUCAGUGGAGCGCUGGGGGACAGAUGGGCUCGGUUACAACUCUUAGUAUCCUUCCCAUCUAAACAACAUUCUCACACUGCUCCAUAAAAGUGGAUACCUACAUCUUGGCCAGUAUUUAUACAGUACCUUUCACGAAAAAAGGGAGUCCUAAAAUGCACAGUGAAAAAAAAAUAAAGUGGAAAAAAAGACUAUUUUCUGUGUUAUGUGUUUUUAUGCUUAUUAGAGGAUUGUUGUGCCAUCUCACGAACCAAUUCGUAAGAAUUCAUAUGAAUCGUGGAACUGUCACAGUUUAGCAUAUGUACUAACUAUUUUAAGAUUAGACUGGAAUUUUAUAAGAAUCAGGAGUUAAAUGCACACUUGAUCUUUAGUUUAGAGCUUAAUUGUUUUCUGACCUGGAGAAAGGUUUCAUUGUAUUAUGUUGUGACUGUGCUAAUGAAGUAUGAAGUAACCAUAUGGCCAUUGGCUUUACUAAAUUAACAUUCAUCAGCUGGCAAAUAAGAUGCAGAGAAAAGUGCAUGCAAGUGCCUUAAAUAAUCACUCAAAAAGACACACAGAAUGAUCUAGAGCUUUAACAAUAACCCUCCACCUGAAUCAACUCAUUUAUUAUUACAUGCUUGUAAAUACACCGCUGAUCCGCACAGAGCUGUAUAAUGUGUAUGUAUAAUGUAUUCAGCUCUUGCCCGUUUGAGGGGUUUAGAUCAUUUUAACAUUUGCGAAGGGCUAAAACUGAACUUGUUUAUUUAGGAGUGUGAUUUCUAAGGGCCAGAAUGGGAUCUGUUAUGCUGCAAGUGUUGAAAAGUGAGUGAGUUCAUGUUUAAAUAAGUGCAAACAGUUUUUAUCUAGCGUGGAAACAAACAUAUUGUGAAACCUGGGGAAGUAUUGAUGACAGCGAAGUGGUUUUGACAGUAUUCAUCAAGUUCUCUGAGUUCAGUUCAAUGUGCCUUUGAGCGACAGACAGAGUAGUGUGUGUGUGUGUGUGUGUGUGUGUGUGUCCUUGAGGUUAGGUUAGGUGGCCUUGAGAGUACUAUAUAGCAUUACUUUUAUGUUAAUAACAAAUUUCAAAGAUGUCCAUCAUUCAUCAUACCAAAUGUCUGUGUUACUAAAAGAAUAGUUCACUCAAAAAUGAAUAUUUCCUAAAUGUGGAUGAGAUUGUUUUUUCAGCACAUUUGGUGUCAUCAUAAGGAUGUAGUAUAUCUCAGUGUGCUGAGAUGUGCCUGUCGUUCCUCUUGUUGCUAAGCUUAUUUAUUGUAAGGAUCCAAUUUAUUACAACCCACCCAAGCAGAAUAAUCCUCCGGUCUAAUUAAAGGAUUCCUCAAACACCCAUUUGUGGAGAAAACACUAUUGCGAUUUAAUUAAAUUUACAAAGGUGCAAACCCAUUUUAACUGCUUCUUUCUUAAAGGAAAAGGUCUCACGAGUUAAUGCAUAGCCUAGUGAUUUAUUUAUUAAUAUGCGUUAAUAGAAACAGUUAUUUGUGUUUGUGUUCGUUUACACUGCAUUUACUAAUGCGAACACAACUUUUAAUUAAAUAACGUAUCAGUAAAUGUUGCAUUUAACAUGAGAAUUGCUUUAAAACUUAUAUACACAAUACUAAAUGACCAAACUGUAAUAUGAUUUCCUAUAAUAGUGUUCCUGUAGCUCAAGUGAUAGAGCAUUACGUUAGAUUACAUUACAUUAAAAGCGUCUGUCUGCUAAAUGCAUUAAAAAAAUAUAUAAUUUCACUGGGAAGUUAUACUUGAAACAUAAGAAAAUCUUGACAUAUUAAGAUGAUGCAUGACAAAGCAUCCUUUUGCAAUCAAUCGUUGCAGAAUGUCUCCCUCUGUUGUCCAGUUUAGGUUUGUUUUAUAUUUAAACAGUAAAGGACUGUGGACUGUUUUUCAGGCUUUGUAUCUUGUGGCUUGUAUAUGGAUUAUGCAUCAUGUUCAUGACCUGUAAUUAUUAACACUUGUUGAGAAAUGUGAUCAAGUAUCUGCCAACCUUUUUUUUUUUCAGUGUUGUUAUUAACAAAAAUAAAAUAAAAUGCAUUACAUUCAUUUUCCAAACAAAUAAAGACUAAUGUGUGAACAAUUCUUAGUUUGAUUUGUGUGUGUGCAAUAAUAAACUUGUGUUCAGUUUAAUAUAAUAUAUAUUUACUAUAAUAUUAUAUUUGAUUAAACUGUGAAAUAUUAUUAUAAAUUCAAAUAGGUAUUUUCUAUGUGAAUAUAUAUUAAAGUGUAAUUUAUUUCUGUGACGCUCCGCUGUAUUUUCAGCAUCAUUCCUCCAGUCUUCAGUGUCACAUGAUCUUCAGAAAUCAGAAUAAUAUGAUGAUUAACUGCUCAAGAAACAUUUCUGAUUAUUAUCAAUAAUGUUGAACACAGUUGUGGCGCCAAAUAUGUUUGUGGAAACUGAUGAAAUGUAUUAUUCACGGUUCACAGAUCAACAGAAAGUACAAAAGAACCGCAUUUAUUUAAAAUAUAAGCUGUUUGUUACAUUAUAACUGUCUUUACUGUCAUCUUUGAUCAAUUUCAUGCACCCUUGAUGAAUAAAAAAUCAUUUAUUUAUAAAAUUAUUUAAAAAAAAAUGUAAUGGUAGCAUAUACGUAUAUGUGUCAAAGACGAAGAAGGAUGAGUGUAAUACUGCCAUAAAUAAUUGUUUGCCCCCCCC